CUAUGAAAUCUAUUUCCCUUGGGGGGUGGCUUAACUUUCAGAUACGCAUCUUGAUGUCAUAUUCUACUACCUGAGGAUUAAAGGAGUAGAAUUCCAGUUAGCGUAGAGGUACACAACGACAGGCACCCCGUUCCUUGAAUUACUGAAGACUUUAUGUGGUAGGUAUUUGAAGAAAGAACUAACAAUUGAGCAAGCUACACGGAAUAAGUCAAUAAGGAGCACGAUCAUUGGAGGCAAGAUGGAAUACGGUCAUCCAUGGCAGGAUGCAGAUUUCGUAUACAUGCCACUGAAUACGGGGAGCCAUUAGACAUUGCUGGUGAUGGACAUUAAUCAGAAGCUGUUUUUGCCAAGCCUCCAAAUGUUUCUACCAAAGCUUAUGGAUAAGCUGGGAGUGUGUGAAGGACGGGAAGAAGGUUCGAUUGGUGAUGGUGUCCUUGCAAUCGAAGCUGGAUCAUGCUUUCAUCAAAAAAAUGAUGGGUCUAGGUGUGGGAUGUUCGUAGUGAAGAUGGUGGAAUUUCUCAUGAUAGGCCAUAAUGUGCGCGAUAUGGAUGAUCAUAAAAUUGCCGCAUACCGGAAGAAAAUGACCACAGAGUUGUUGGCAUAUUUCGCAAUGUUGGAAUUAUGGACUGAGUUUCCGUUGAAAGCUGUCGUCGUUCAGCUUUGGUUUAGUGACUAUUAUGCAUCUAUUAUCGAUAAAUUUGGUUACAUUAGCCUUUUUGUGGUGGUAUUGAGUUAGGUCUUUAGGAUGUUUCUGAAUGACUUCUGGUGCUUGACUUGAAGUGUUGGCAGUUGUUGUUUAAGUUAUUUACUUAAGUUCGGUGUACUUUUCAUCAGAAAAUCAUGUUUGGUUGAUGUGCGUAGAUUAAGACAUGUCGUACUAUUGGUUUUUUGGAUAAACAGAUGUAGACCCCAUUAAUUAUAAUGUUAAGGGGAUCAUAAAAUGGAAGAAUAAGG